GGACGGCACAGUGUAGAAGAUGAAGCAUCUUAAUGCACGUGUAGUGUGUGCAAAAUGUCUUGUAUUGGUGAUUUACCCAGCUCUGGGAUUAAAUCACUCCACGCUGAAAUCCUGUAUUUAUCUCUGCUGUGCAUGGUAGUGACCUCAGGCAUGACGUGCCAGGCCUCCCUCCACAGAGAUCAGAGAUGAUAAAGCUGUCUUUACACCAAUUUCUUCAGUCUGGAGUCUCUCCUGGCCAGAGAUUCCCUGUACCAUCAAACUAGCAGCUUGUCUCCAGAGGCUGAAUAUGACAGCUGAAAGCUCGGCUAAUGUGAAAGAAGGAAUGAGCUUCAAUCAGAUCGACAAGUAUCUCUACCACAUGCGGCUUUCGGAUGAGACUAUCCAGGAGGUGGCUGAACGGUUCCGAAAGGAGAUGGAGAAAGGCCUGGGAGCAGACACCAACCCCACGGCCUCAGUAAAGAUGUUGCCUACAUUUGUCAGAUCCACCCCAGAUGGGACAGAAGAUGGAGACUUCCUGGCCUUGGAUCUUGGCGGCACCAAUUUCCGCGUGCUGAGGGUGAAGGUGUCUGAUAAUGGACUGCAGAAGGUGGAGAUGGAGAAUCAGAUCUAUGCCAUUCCAGAGGAUCUCAUGAGGGGCAGUGGGGUUCAGCUCUUUGACCACAUAGCCGAAUGCCUGGCCAACUUCAUGGACAAGCUGGGCAUCAAGGAUAAGAAGCUGCCCCUUGGAUUCACCUUCUCCUUUCCUUGCCAUCAGACCAAACUGGAUGAGAGCUUCCUUGUCAUGUGGACCAAAGGAUUCAAAUCCAGUGGUGUGGAGGGGAAGGAUGUUGUUUCCAUGCUACGUAAAGCCAUCAAGAAACGAGGGGAUUUUGACAUAGACAUCGUUGCUGUGGUGAAUGACACAGUUGGAACAAUGAUGACGUGUGGCUAUGAUGAUCACAACUGUGAGAUCGGGCUUAUCGUUGGCACUGGUACCAAUGCGUGUUACAUGGAGGAAAUGAGGCACAUCGAUUUGGUGGAAGGGGAUGAGGGGCGGAUGUGCAUCAACAUGGAGUGGGGUGCCUUCGGUGAUGACGGGGCGCUGAAUGACAUCAGGACAGAAUUUGACCGUGAAAUCGACAUGGGCUCGCUCAACCCAGGCAAACAGUUGUUUGAAAAGAUGAUCAGUGGCAUGUACAUGGGGGAGCUGGUCAGGCUCAUUCUGGUGAAAAUGGCCAAGGAAGAGCUGCUGUUCGGCGGGCGCCUCACCCCUGACUUGCUCACGACGGGACACUUCGAAACCAGAUACGUGUCUGCAAUCGAAAAGGAGAAAGAAGGACUGCAAAAAGCCCAUGAGAUCCUGACAAAGCUGGGGCUGGAGCCAUCUCAUGAGGACUGCAUUGCCACCCACCGCAUCUGCCAAAUUGUCUCCACCCGCUCGGCGGACCUGUGCGCCGCCACCCUCGCUGCCGUGUUGCGGCGCAUCAAGGAGAACAAGGGUGUAGAGAGGUUACGCUCCACUGUCGGUGUGGAUGGCACGGUGUACAAGAAACACCCUCAUUUUGCUCGACGCCUGCACAAGAUGGUGCGGAAGCUCCUACCAGACUGUGACAUCCGGUUCAUCCGGUCAGAAGACGGGAGUGGCAAAGGAGCUGCCAUGGUCACCGCGGUGGCUUACAGACUUGCAGCCCAGCAUAAGGCCAGGCAGAAGACCCUGGAAGCGCUGAAACUGAGCCAGGAACAGCUUUUGGAAGUGAAGAAGAGGAUGAGGGUAGAGAUGGAGAGGGGCCUGAGGAAGGAGAUGCACCCAGAGGCCACGGUGAAAAUGCUGCCCACUUACGUGUGUUCCACUCCGGAUGGAACAGAAAAAGGAGACUUCCUGGCUCUGGACCUCGGGGGAACUAAUUUCCGUGUGCUGCUGGUGCGUGUGCGAAAUGGUAUGAGGCGUGGUGUUGAAAUGCACAAUAAGAUCUACUCCAUCCCACAGGAUAUUAUGCAAGGGACAGGAGAGGAGCUCUUCGACCACAUCGUCCACUGCAUUUCUGAUUUCCUGGAAUACAUGGGAAUGAAGGGAGUGUCACUUCCCCUGGGAUUCACCUUCUCUUUCCCUUGCAAACAGACUAACUUGGACGAGGGGAUACUUUUGAAAUGGACAAAAGGCUUCAACGCCAGUGGAUGUGAAGGAGAAGAUGUGGUGAAUCUGUUGAAAGAAGCGAUUCACAGGAGAGAGGAGUUUGACCUGGACGUGGUGGCAGUGGUGAAUGAUACUGUAGGCACCAUGAUGACCUGUGGUUAUGAAGAUCCUUAUUGUGAAGUUGGGCUCAUAGUAGGCACAGGCAGCAAUGCCUGCUACAUGGAAGAAAUGAGGAAUGUGGAGCUGGUGGAAGGAGAGGAGGGCAGGAUGUGUGUGAACAUGGAGUGGGGGGCGUUUGGAGAUAGCGGCUGCUUAGAUGAUUUCUGGACAGAGUUUGAUGUGGCAGUGGAUGAGCAUUCCCUGAAUCCUGGGAAACAAAGGUUUGAGAAGAUGAUCAGUGGUAUGUACCUAGGCGAGAUUGUCCGAAAUAUCCUGAUUGACUUCACCAAGCGGGGGCUGCUCUUCCGGGGACGCAUCUCUGAAAGGCUGAAGACCCGGGGCAUAUUCGAGACAAAGUUCCUGUCUCAGAUUGAGAGCGACUGCCUGGCCCUGCUGCAGGUCCGCUCCAUCCUCCAGCACCUUGGCCUGGAGAGCACGUGUGAUGACAGUAUCAUCGUGAAGGAGGUGUGCACUGUGGUGGCCCGGCGUGCUGCUCAGCUUUGCGGGGCUGGAAUGGCAGCUGUGGUGGACAAAAUUAGGGAGAACCGGCAACUGGACUUCCUCAAGGUCACCGUUGGCGUAGAUGGGACACUCUACAAGCUGCAUCCUCACUUUGCCUCCAUCAUGCACGAAACGGUGAAGCAGCUGUCCCCGAAGUGUGAAGUGACCUUCCUCCAGUCAGAAGAUGGCAGCGGUAAAGGCGCGGCGCUCAUCACGGCAGUGGCAUGCCGGAUCCGGGAGGCUGGGCAGCGAUAAGAGGCGGCGGCUUGGGUUUUGCAACCAAACCAUGCAAUGGACCCACUCCCCAACCCCGUUCCUCCUCCCUGAUGAGAGCAGACUCUUAGCUUUACUUGUUCUCAUGAGAUUCCACCACAGAGAGCUGAGAUGCUGUGUGUUCUGUGCAAAGUGAUUGUCUUAGGAGUUCUACUGCAUGCCAUAAAGCUACCUAUCAAGUAAAGCUAACAGUGUCGUUUGGCUGUGUACCUCCAUCCCCAGUCCCAACCCCUUCUGUUCCACCUGCAGCCUAUUUAAAAUACUAAGCUUCCUCCUUCCAACCACAAUCUCGUUUACUCCAUCACCAUAGAAGGAUAAUGCUAGAGUAAUGAAGACACUGCAUUGUCACUUUACAGUUCCUGGUAUCUAUUUAUAUAUGUCCAAGGCUUAGUGUCAGCACUCUAGAAAGCAAACCUCUUCAAGAUUGGGCUAAAGACCUCCACUAGUCUUUUACCCUGAUCAAGGCUGUUGUUAUUUCCAUGAAAGUCAUGGUAAUUCUUAAAAGUACAAGGUGCAGAUGUCCGAAUCUGCAACUGCAGGAUACAAAGUAUCUGUCCAGAGUGGUGAGUACUAUUGACGUACCUGCUGGGAUCGCGUUAAAGGUGCCACUUUGACUCGACUAGCAGAGCAUGUGCCUGGAAAUACUUGGGGACUCAGGGUAUAGUCCCGCUUCCCAGCUUCUCUUUCCUCCCCAACUUUUAAAUGUAGUAGUUGGAACGUGUGCCUGUCUGCGUUCACCCCAUCAGAGGCCACUGAUGCCCGCUAGUUGUGCAUGUGGUAAUAGAAAAAACAAACCAUCACCAAAGUAAAUGGUGUUUCUUCCACAAAUAUUUCAAUAGUGUGUCUUCAAUCUGUGUGGUGAGUUGGUUUAAUUUUUUCUUGUCUGUGAAGUAGCUCUGGAAUAAGUCACGUCUGGAUUUAUAUGCUGUAUUUAUGUUUGGAGAGGUCUUAUGUCUGUUCAUGUAUAUAGUCAUGGAAGGGGAAUUAUGUUGAGUAGUUGCUGAUUUAAUAUUUUAAUGCAGUUUAAGAAAACGGUACAGAGAAGGUUUGUUUGUUUUUUAAAUUUAACAUGAUUUUCUUGGGGCAGAUUGAAAAAUGAGACUGAGAUUUCUGAGGACAACAAGCAGUUCAGUCAUUUCAAGUCCAGUAUCCCUGGGGGAAAAUGGAAAUGAAUGGAGAGGCUGGGACAAAGGGACUGGAUACUGGAGUCUCUGACUCUAUCAGCUGUUUACCCGCAUGAGUGCUGGGUGCUUGUGGCACUCGCCCUCACUGAAGUCACCAGGGGCUUUAUCCUGCUCAUGCUGAAGUCAGCUGCUAAAAUGCCCAUUGACCUCAGCUGGCAUUUUGCCAUUGACUUCAAGGAAUCAGGGUUUUGGGCCUGUUUUGCAGUAGCUUCAGCCUCACUUCUGCAUAACAUCAAGCAUGCGUGUGGUCCUUUGCAGUCAAUACAAGUAUGCACAUGCUUGCUAGUAAGAACCUGGGUGUGUCUGCAUAUGUGUAUUCAGGAGCUGGGGGGUAUUAGGGAGAAAAUAAGCAUACUUUAACAUGGAUUAUAUUUGCUAAUUAAUCCCUACAAUUUCAAGAGCCCUCUCCUUUCCAGAUUGGCAGCCCCAGAGCUAACUGCAAGCUAACCCACACCCUCGCAUCCGUUUUCACAAUGAGGAAGAGAUAAUGAUUUUACCGACAAAAGGCUCUGUGAAGGAACUACAUUUACUAUUUCUUUUCCCCAAACCAGCAAAUUUAUAUGGGGGAGCUGAAGGGGUGAGAAUGACUGUUUUCUGUAACUGUUUAAUGUAAGCUACCAUGUGAUCAGUGAGGUACAAACAAUAACCUUCACCUGGCUUUCAGCUGGGAGGAUGUGGUGGGUGGGGGGUUUGUUUGGGUUUUUUUUGGGGGGGGUUGUAUAUUUUUAUACUGCUAGAGGUAACUUCAUUAUCAAAAUAAUCUCUUCUGUGCAGUUUGUAAUUUUCAGAAGCACAAUUUUAAAGCACACCACAUUUCUCUUUCAGCAUUUAAAAAUGCUUAUUUUUUAUAAGCCUCAAGAUGACAGUGUAGCAAAAAGAAAAAUGAAAAUCAAGGUGUAUAGAAUCAAGUGUAGUCAGUUUUUAGGAAAAUUUAAAUUAAAAAAAAAAAACUUUAAAAAAUGCAACAAAGCCAGUCUAAUCUGAUACCAAGCAUUUGUGUGUCAUUCUUUUACUAGUAAGAUUAAUAUUUGUCUACUGAAAUAUUUUUUUUAACACAAAGGAUUAUCCAGUUGUAUCUCUUUUGAAAUAAUAUUUCAUAAGUAACAAGUUCUUAUUUUUUUAAUACAGAUGUCCAUUUUCAUUGCAAAUGAUGGGAACCUGUAUAUGUACAAGCAGCACAAUUCUGUAUGGAAAGCACUCUUAACAUCUCAUUUAGAACAGAACUAGGUGAAGUGUUGGCUACCACAUUGUACGAACUAGAUCUGAACUUUCUCCCAAAUGGGAGAGAAACCCAACUGGGCUUGUUAGCUUGCUCAUAAAAGCAGCAGGCUUGUAGCAAACGUUGUCUCUGAACUUUGCAAAGUUUGUGGUUGAGGCACAAUUCUCUCAGAAACACUGUUUGUACCACCUCUCAGAGCUUCAUGGUGAUGCACUGGGUACACCUUAGUUAAGAUGCAUCCUUACAUUAAUACUCACCUUCCUGCUCUGCCUCAGAUGCAUAUCAGAAGCCAAUAUAUUCCCAGUUCACCUAGGACAAAAAUUAUACUUGAAUCAUGCAAACCAGAUGUAAACUGCAUACAUACCUACAAGUCUGCUUGGGUGUAUGGGAUACUUGUGUCUGCAUAGACUGUUUCCCUUCUUCACCUUAGAAGCACAAUUCAUGUACUUCUUUGUAUCAGCAGAUAGGACAGCAGUUUGGGGAACUGUUGCUGUCUUAGCAUAACUUCCUGUUUAGGAGCUAGAAGCACUCCAGUAAGACACUGUACAUCAUGCCAGAUUAUGAAUGCAGUCCUUUCAAGGGGGCAUUGGCCAGUUUCUGAACUGAGAAUAAUGUGAAAUAACAAAGCGGGUUUGUUACUUUUAAGCCAGGAAUGACAAUGGGCUGCUCCUCUCAAGUAUAUGAAAAUGAAGCAAGGCAUAUCAGGUGCUAUAGCUGGGCGUUGAUCUGUUGACUCUUGGCACUGCUCUGUCUCUUCCUCCAAUGAGAAUGUUUUGUAAUGGACUUGUGAUGGGGUAUUUUUGUGUUUCCAUUGAGAUGUAUUUUAUUUGUUCUCUUUGAUGUUGAGCAUAUUUCUUCUCUGGGAAGGCAGAAGUUUCUACCCAGCAUGGUUAGAUAUUGCAGAUAAUAGAAAACUGUCUUUCCUGCCUUAGCAAUGAUUUGCCUGUUCUGUUACCAAGGAGGGAAUUUUCCUUUCACAAAAACAUAAAACAUUGAGCAGGCAGGAGAACAUUCUAAUACGUUCUUGAAGAAGGAUGAGCCAGGGCUGCUGCAAACUGCAGCGAAUUGUUUGUGCAACUACCCAAGACCUGGUUCAAAUCUGAGAGGCAAUAUAGUUCAAUGGAAAGGGCAGCAGGCAUGGGAGCCAAAAGCAUGAUAAUUUUAGAGGUGCCGAACACUGUAGGUAUUCAGCCCCUCUGAACAUUCAGCCUGUCCUCUUUCUGUGUCUCAGUUUCCCCACCUGUCAAAUGGGGGUAAAAAUGUUUUCCCCUUUUAUGCAAAACACUUGGAGCACAAUGGCUAGAGUGUGCUAGGUGGGAGGUAAGAAGUGAGAUUGUGUGAAAAUGGGGUGAUCUUUCAUUGCAAGGGUCAUGAUGUGUUUUAGAGAGAGAUAAGUUAUGUUCAUAUUCUUUCUCUUAUCCCUACAAAAAGCCCUUGGCUUAGUGGAACAUGGCUGGUUCAAAACAAAGAAAGUGCGUCUUAUUGUGGACUUCUAAGCAGGUUCUAUAUGGGCAGAGGAGAUGUGAUUUCAAGCCAAAGACUGUUCAGCUGCUAGCAGAAAUGGUUGACUGUAGAUUUCAGAUGUUCUGUUAUUUUUGUGUUUACAAUAUUUAUUUUUAGUAAUUUACUGCGAUAUAUAGGAUUCCUUAUUUUUGUACUUUUCGUACUAUUUUUCAUAGUGUGGUGUUGUAUUUUCAGCUUCCCUUUGGCAUGAUGACUUCUCCUAGUUGGAUACAAAUAAAACAUUGUUUCCUGAGGCACAA